AUGGCUGGAAUUCUUGCCCUUCACAUUUGGAGACACCUGUGUGAGCUGGAGCGGCUGAAACAGGUGAAGGACGAUUAGAUCUACAACAUGAGUCAGAACAGAGGCUUCCCGAUGCCCCCUCCUCUUCCUCGGACGCUCGACGAAGAGCCGUCCGAUCUCUAUCAGAUGGUCCAGAGGCGCAGACAGUUUCCCCCUCUCCUCCAGCGCGACUGCAUGACCAGGGUCGUUCCGUUCAAUGAGCAGAACUACCACCGCACCCCGUCUCAGCUCAUCGGAAGCAACUACAGCCCCCGCGCCCGCCACCUCAACAUCGCCAAACUCAAACGCAAGACGGGCAAAGUGCGCCCAACAGGAGCUCAUUCCACCUCAGCUGCUGCAAAACGGUCAGCCAUGCCCAGGGCCAGGUUUUGCACUUCAGUGGCCCCCCUCCCCCCACUGUCAAGAAAACCGCCCAGGAGUCGCUCCAUAAGUCCCGAGGAACAGCGCGAUAUUAUGAUCCGCCAGGAAAAGGAAUGCAGGAGGCAAGAGCCCACGGACACGGACCUACAGAGGUACGAGUAUUACAUCAACUCAGUCCCCUGCUCCGUGCUGCCCCCGGAGCCCGAUCACCAGACUCACAACAUUCUGAGUCUGCUGCCCCCUCCGGGUGUGGAGGAGAAAAACAACCCCAAAGUGCAGUUACUCCGAGCCAGUCUGGAGGAGGAGGUCAAACAGAACUACAUUUUUGCACUCAAGAAAUCUAUAGUGGACUACAUCCUGAUGUACCCCUCCGAGCGCCAGAGGCUCUCCAUCGGCUGCAUCCCGCAGCCCUUCCCCCAGAGGCUGAUCCGUGCUCCGGUGCCCUGGGCCCACAGCUACAGACAGGCGAAAGACUGGCAGGAGCAGCACCUGUUCACUGUCAGCCCUGUCAUGCUUCUGCUGCAGGACGCAUGGAUUAACAACUUUUCAUCCUUGCGGUUUGUUCGUCUCGAGGAGCUCUUCUCGGCCAGCCUCCCUCUGCUCCCGUCUGAAUUCGAGGAGCUGAUUCAGAAACAGUGCCAAAGAACGCGCGAGGAGCUGCUGAAGCGGUGGCUGCCUCACUGUGCAUCCCUGUUCCAGUUGUGUGAGAAGCACUGGCUGCCGCGGGUGUUGAGUAAAAAGGAGCAGGCUUCUUCUUUCUCUGUGGAGCUGUUUAACUGUGCGGCCGCUCUCAUGUCUCUGCAGCUCCGCAGCCUCGUCGUCCACUCACUGCAGGACCUCCUCUGCUUCUUCAACAUCCACAAGGAGGGCAAUGACUUUGGCUUGUCCUUCUCUGAGCUGAGGUUCACUCAGGUUCAGGUGCUGGUGCUGAAGCUCCAGGUGCAGGAGGAUCUCAUGAGCUUUGAGCCGAGCCUGGAGCAGAGCUGGCUCCACGUCCACACGGCCUUCAUGGAGAUCAUCAGGAGCGCCAAGGACAUUCCCCGGGUGGAAUGUCUCCUGUUCCCACUCCUGGAGGAGUUACACCUCCACACAGUCCAUCCAGAGGAGCAGCUGCUCACGGACAUCAUCAACAAAGCACGAGAGGUUUUCGACAGGAACACAGUGGGACCUCUGAAAUACUUGAAUGAAUACGAGAAGUACAGAACUUUACUGGACGGCAGAGCAAAGCAGGAGGUGACCGAAUUCCUGAAAGAGAAGCACUCACUGGAAGGAUUUUCUAAGAAAAUUGAAAGUAUCCGUCUCAUCUGGACGGAGAUCGCCCUGAUGCGCGUCACUGUCCCUCUGUCCAUGUUUUGUUUACACGCCCACGCCUUAAAUGAAGACUUGUGCCAGCGCACAGAGGAGCUGAGACAGCUCAUCGUCACCUACGAAGUGGACGAGAACAGAGACCUCAACAACAAGAUCUGUCAGAAGUACCAGGACAUAAGUGACACCAUCAGGAGCCUGCCCAGCAACACCGAGGAGCUGGUGAAACUGACCCAGUUUAUAAAGAACAGCAGUGACGUGACAGUGCACAGGCUGAUGGAGGAGAUCGAGGAGGCCAUGAUCCGUCUGGGCUUCCUACUGGACCACGCCACUUCACUGUCACUCGAGGACGUCCACUUAAACGCCCGUGUGUUCCAGUGGCCCAAAGAGAUACAGACGGAGCUGGAGCUCAGUACGAACCGCCUGACCGACAUGAGACGCCAGGCAGAGGAGCAUCUCCACACAAGGUCAUUUGAAUUCAAGCAGACUCUACAGAAGAUCGACACGGACAUCCGGGUCUUUAAGAAGAAGGAGAUCAUGAACCCAGAGGAGAUGAAGGCCAAUGUGGCCAACCUCACUGGGAUCAAUGCCAGUCUGGAGGCCGCCCUCGUAGAGCUCGAGGACAUCAACAAAGAGCAGACUCUGCUGGAGAAGGAGCAGAGUGAGUUUCCUCUGCUGCAGGUUCUGAUCGCAGACAAACAGCCGUACGAGCAGCUGUGGACCACAGCGCUCAACUUCCACAACAUGUCCGAUGUCUGGAUGAACGGUCCGUUCAAACACCUGGAUGCAGAGAAGAUCUCCAAUGAGCUGGACGUGAUGUGGAGGACGAUGCACAAACUGACCAAAGCUCUGUCCGACCGGCCCGGGCCCUAUCGAGUGGCCAGGCUCUUCAAAAACAAGAUCGAACAGUUCAAACAGCACCUGCCCUUCCUCACCACCAUCUGUAACCCGGGCCUCAAGGAUCGCCACUGGGAGCAGAUCAGUUCCAUUGUGGGCGCACGCAUCAAGCCCGAUGAACACAGCUCCCUGCUCCACAUGCUCGAACUGGGCCUCUCCAAGUUCUCCACACAACUGGAGGAGCUCGGAGCGUCAGCCAGUAAGGAGUAUUAUCUGGAGAAGAACAUAGCCAAGAUGAAGAGUGAAUGGGCAGAACUUCGCUUCACGUUUAAUGUCUACAAGGAUUCUGGGACUCAUAUCGUGUCGGCUGUGGAUGACAUCCAGGUGCUCCUGGACGACCACAUCAUAAAGACACAGACGAUGCGCGGGUCGCCUUUUAUCAAACCUGUGGAGGCUGAGUGUAAGGAAUGGGAGGAGAAGCUGCUGAGCAUGCAGGACAUCGUGGACUCCAUGUUGAAGUGCCAGGCCAUGUGGUUGUACCUGGAGCCCAUCUUCAGCUCAGAGGACAUCAUCGCAGAGAUGCCUGAGGAGGGACGCAAGUUCUCCGUUGUGGACGGAUACUGGAAGAGCAUCAUUGGAGAGGCCGUCAAAGACACACGUGUGCUGGUGGCCACAGCACAGCCCCACAUGCUGCAAAAACUACAGGAGUCUAAUCUGCUUCUGGACCACAUCCAGAAAGGUCUCGUCACCUACCUGGAGGAGAAGAGACUGUUCUUCCCACGGUUCUUCUUCCUGUCCAACGAUGAGCUGCUGGAGAUCCUGUCCCAGACCAAAGACCCUCUGUGUGUGCAGCCCCACCUUAAGAAGUGCUUUGAGGGCAUCGCCAAGCUGCACUUCACUGACGAGCUGGAGAUCACUGGGAUGAUCAGCUCAGAGAAAGAGACCGUGCCUCUGUCUGACAAGAUCUACCCAGCAGAAGCCAAGGGUAUGGUGGAGAAGUGGCUGCUGCAGGUGGAGCACCUGAUGCUGCGGAGUGUGCGCGACCUCAUCCACCAGGGCCUGAGCCAGUACGCACAGUUACCUCGAAAGGAGUGGGUGCUGCAGUGGCCGGGCCAAGUCGUGAUCUGCGCCUCGUCCAUUUUCUGGACCAGCGAAGUGUCCGAGGCCAUCCAGAACAACACUUUAGCGGCUUAUGUCGAUCAGUGUAACGCUCAGAUCGCCGACAUCGUGGACCUGGUGAGGGGGCAGUUAUCAGGAGGAGCUAGGAUGACUCUGGGAGCUCUCACAGUCAUAGACGUUCAUGCACGAGAUGUAGUGUCCAAACUGUCCCAGGACCGGGUCUCCUCGCUCACUGACUUCUCCUGGAUCUCUCAGCUCAGGUACUUCUGGGAGGACGGAGACGUGACGCUCCGAAUGACCACCACCUGCCUCAAAUAUGGAUACGAAUACUUAGGCAACUCCCCUCGCCUCGUCAUCACCCCGCUGACGGACCGCUGCUACAGGACUCUGAUGGAGGCUCUGAAGCUGAACCUGGGGGGAGCUCCUGAAGGUCCGGCUGGGACAGGGAAAACUGAGACCACAAAAGACCUGGCGAAAGCUGUGGCCAAACAGUGUGUGGUGUUUAACUGCUCCGAUGGGCUGGAUUACAAAGCCAUGAGUAAAUUCUUUAAAGGACUGGCUCAGUCGGGGGCCUGGGCCUGCUUCGACGAGUUCAACCGGAUCGAGGUGGAGGUGCUGUCCGUGGUGGCUCAGCAGAUCCUGUGCAUACAACAGGCCAUAGCGAAAAACCUGAAGAAGUUCAUGUUCGAGGGGACGGAGCUUUCCCUCAACCCCACCUGCUCCGUCUUCAUCACCAUGAACCCCGGAUACGCCGGGAGAGCCGAGCUGCCGGACAACCUCAAGGCCCUGUUCCGCACCGUGGCCAUGAUGGUGCCAGAUUACGGUCUCAUUGGAGAAAUUUCACUUUACUCUAUGGGCUUCAUCAAAUCUCGCAGCCUGGCGCAGAAGAUCGUGGCGACGUACCGCUUGUGCUCGGAGCAGCUCUCGUCUCAGCAUCACUACGACUACGGCAUGAGGGCGGUGAAGUCCGUGCUGACGGCCGCCGGGAACCUCAAACUCAAGUACCCGGGCGAGGACGAGGGCGUGCUGCUGCUGCGGGCGCUCAUGGACGUCAACAUGGCCAAGUUCCUCGCCCAGGACGUGCCGCUCUUCCGGGGCAUCAUCUCUGAUUUGUUUCCUGGAGUGGUUCUUCCAAAACCGGACUACGAGCUCCUCCUCAAGGCCCUGGACGAGAACGUCAGGAAACUCAACCUGCAGCCGGUGCCCUGGUUCAUCGGCAAAAUCAUCCAGGUGUAUGAGAUGAUGUUGGUGAGACACGGCUUCAUGAUUGUCGGAGAUCCUAUGGGAGGAAAGACUUCAGCCUACAAAGUCCUGGCUGCUGCUCUUGGAGAUUUGUUCCGAGAAAACCUGAUGGAGGAGUUUGCCGUGAACUACUGCAUCAUAAACCCAAAGUCGAUCACCAUGGAGCAGCUGUACGGCUGCUUCGACCCCGUCAGUCACGAGUGGUCAGACGGAGUCCUGGCCAAGUCCUACAGGAGCCAGGCAGUCUCCACCUCGGACGACCGCCAGUGGAUCAUCUUUGACGGACCCAUCGACGCCGUGUGGAUCGAGAACAUGAACACUGUGCUGGACGACAACAAGAAGCUGUGUCUCAUGAGUGGAGAGAUCAUCCAGAUGAGUCCCAAGAUGAGUUUGAUCUUUGAACCUGCAGAUCUGGAGCAGGCGUCUCCAGCCACGGUCAGCAGAUGUGGGAUGAUCUACAUGGAGCCUCAUCAGUUGGGCUGGACUCCUCUCAGAGACUCGUACAUGAACACACUGCCUGCGAGCCUGAACGCAGAGCACAGAGAACUGAUAGUGGACCUUUUCGACUGGCUGGUUCCUCCGUGUCUGGACUUCAUUGACAGAGAGUGCCGCUUCUUCAUCCAGACGUCGCCCAUUCAUUUGACCUUUAGUCUCAUGCGGCUGUACUCGAGCCUCAUGGAUGAAAUAUCUGCGUCUGAGCCUGAAGGUGACCGUGCCAUGUCCGGGCUGCAGAUCUCCGCGUGGCUGCAGGGUCUCUUCCUGUUUUCGGUGGUGUGGACUCUGGGAGGGACCGUUACCGGAGACAGUCGCAAGAAGUUUGACCUGUUCUACAGAGAACUGCUCCUGGGCACCAGAGAGGAGCACCCCCGACCCAAGAGCAUCAAACUCAAGAAGAACCACCUGUUCCCCGACAGAGGUUCGGUCUAUGAUUACUACUUCCAUAAGGAGGGACAGGGCCAGUGGAACGUUUGGACAGAUUCAAUCACCGCAGCAGAAAACACCAUCUCACCAAAAGCAAAUGUAUCAGACUUGAUCAUCCCCACCAUGGAGACAGCCCGACAGCUGUUUUUCCUGCGCACGUACCUGGCCCACGAAGUGCCCGUGCUCUUCGUGGGGCCCACUGGAACCGGCAAGUCCGUCAUUAACAACGGCUUCCUGGUCAAACUGCCCAAGGAACGAUACACGCCCAACUGCAUCAACUUCUCCGCGCGCACCUCGGCCAAUCAGACGCAAGACAUCAUCAUGGCCAAGCUGGACCGCCGCAGGAAGGGCGUGUUCGGACCGCCAGUGGGAAAGAAGUGCGUCAUCUAUGUGGACGACCUGAACAUGCCGGCAAAAGAGAUGUACGGAGCGCAGCCUCCCAUUGAGCUGCUCAGACAGUGGAUCAACCAUCAGCCCUGGUACGACAAGAAGGACACCUCCAGGAUCAACAUCGUGGACGUGCUCUUCAUGUCUGCAAUGGGGCCCCCUGGUGGUGGAAAGAAUGACAUUACAGGCCGCUUCACUCGUCACUUGAAUGUCGUCUCCUUCGACUCCUUCGAUGACGAGACUCUCACAAAGAUCUUCAGCACCAUCACAGACUGGCAUUUUAGCAAAGGCUUUGAUGCUUCGUUCUACAGACUGGGGAAGAUGAUGGUCCAGGCCACACUGUCCGUGUAUAAAGAUGCUAUGGAAGUGUUCCUGCCCACUCCGUCCAAGUCUCACUACAUCUUUAACCUGAGAGACUUUGCGCGGGUGGUCAGGGGAGUGCUGCUGGCUCCACACACACACCUGCAGGAUGGGGACAAACUGAUCCGCCUGUGGAUCCAUGAGGUCUAUCGAGUUUUCCAAGACAGACUCAUCAACGACGAAGACAAAGAGACUUUUUUCACCAUCGUCAAACAGAGGACGUCCGAAUACUUUAAACAGAGCGUCGACAAGCUCCUCGGUCACCUCAGCCCAGACGGAAAGAUCACGGACGAGCACAUCCGCAGCCUGUUUUUUGGAGACUACGCCAAACCCGACGGUGACUCCAGAGCGUACGACGAGAUCACGGACCUCCGUGCGCUGCAGAAGGUCAUGGAGUUCUACCUGGACGAGUACAACAGCAGCAGCAAGGCUCCCAUGGGCCUCGUCAUGUUCAAGUUCGCCAUCGAGCACGUGUCCCGCAUCUGCAGAGUCCUCAAGCAAGACAACGGGCACCUCCUGCUGGUCGGAAUCGGAGGGUCGGGCAGGCAGAGCGCCACUAAACUGGGCACUUUCAUAAACGACUACGUCCUGUUCCAAAUCGAGCUGACGAAGAACUACAGCCUGAGCGACUGGAGAGAGGACCUGAAGAGGAUCAUGCUGAAGGCCGGGGUGGAGGGCAGGAGCCUGGUGUUCCUCUUCAGCGACAGUCAGAUCAAAGAUGAAGCCAUGUUAGAAGAUAUAAACAUGCUCCUGAACACCGGAGACGUGCCCAAUAUCUUCGCGGCGGACGAGCGCGCCGACGUCAUCGAGAAGAUGCAGGGGAUUGCUCGCACAGAGGGCAAGAAGAUCGACCCCACGCCCCUGUCCAUGUACAGCUACUUCACAGACAGACUGAAGACCAACCUCCACAUUGUCCUCGCCAUGAGCCCCAUUGGAGAUGCGUUCAGGAACCGUCUGAGGAUGUUCCCUUCUAUCAUAAACUGCUGCACCAUCGACUGGUUCCACGCUUGGCCCAACGACGCGCUGGAGAUGGUGGCCCACAAGUUCCUGGAGGAGGUGGAGCUGGAGGAGGACAUCAGGCGCGAAGUGGUGGAGAUGUGUAAGACCUUCCAGACCAGCGUGAAUGACAUGUCCGAGCGCUUCUUCUCCACACUGAGGAGGCACAACUACGUGACCCCCACCUCGUACCUGGAGCUCAUACUCACCUUCAAGACUCUGCUCAACGCCAAGAGGAGCGAGGUGGACACGGCCCGCAACAGAUACAUUGUGGGCCUGCAGAAGCUCGAGUUCGCCUCCUCACAGGUGUCAGUGAUGCAGCAGGAGUUAACGGCGCUCCAGCCCGAGCUCGUCCAGACCUCUGCAGACACGGAUAAGAUGAUGGCAAAGAUCAAGAAGGAGACUGUGGAGGUGGACGCUAAGAAAGAGCUGGUGUCUGCUGACGAGAAGGUGGCCAAUGAGGCGGCAGCAGCGGCUAAAGCCAUCAAGGAUGAGUGUGAGGGGGACCUGGCUGAAGCGAUGCCCGACCUGGAGGCCGCUCUCUCUGCUCUGGACACUCUGAAACCAGCCGACAUCACGGUGGUCAAGUCCAUGACCAACCCUCCAGGACCUGUCAAACUGGUGAUGGAGUCCAUCUGUGUGAUGAAGGGCAUCAAACCAGAGAGGAAACCAGACCCCAGCGGCUCAGGUAAAAUGAUUGAGGACUACUGGGGCCCCUCUAAGAAGCUGUUAGGAGAUCUGAAGUUCUUGGACAAUCUUAAAGCGUAUGACAAAGACAACAUCCCUGCUGCCUUCAUCAAGAAAAUCAGAGAAAAGUUCAUCGAUAACCCCGAGUUCCAACCGGCGGUCAUAAAGAACGUGUCUUCAGCGUGUGAGGGUUUGUGUAAGUGGGUGCGUGCCAUGGAGGCGUACGAGCGCAUGGCGAAGGUGGUGGCCCCUAAGAAGGAGAGGCUGAAGCUGGCGGAGGCAGAGCUGUCCGUGCAGAUGGACAUGCUGUCUGUGAAGAGAACUGAGCUGAAGACGGUGGAAGACCGACUGCAGCGGCUCAAUGAUGACCUGCAGGCCAUGAACAGGAAGAAGAAAGAGCUGGAGGACAACAUCCAACUGUGCUCCGAGAAGCUGGUCAGGGCCGAGAAGCUCAUCGGAGGACUGGGAGGGGAGAAGGACAGGUGGACAGAGGCAGCCAGGCUUCUGGGCAUCAGAUACAUUAAUCUGACCGGGGACAUCCUGUUGUCCUCUGGGACCGUGUCCUACCUGGGGGCCUUCACGGUGGACUACAGGACACAGUGUCAGAAGCAGUGGCACCUUCUCUGUCAGGAGAAGAAGAUCCCCUGUUCGGAGGACUUCACCCUGAGCAGCACUCUGGGGAACCAAGUGUCCAUCCGUGCCUGGAGUAUCGCCGGGCUGCCCGUGGACUCCUUCUCCACCGACAGCGGCAUCAUCGUCUUUAACUCUCGCCGCUGGCCCCUCAUGAUCGACCCCCAGGGACAAGCCAACAAAUGGAUCAAGAACAUGGAGAAAGCCAACAAGCUUUCUGUCAUCAAACUAUCCGACCCAAACUACGUGAGAGUCCUGGAGAACUCUAUCCAGUUUGGUACCCCUGUCCUUCUGGAGAACGUCGGUGAAGAACUGGACCCUGUGCUGGAGCCAGUGCUGCUCAAACAGACCUUCAAACAGCAGGGUGUGGAGUACAUGAAGAUCGGGGAGAACAUUGUGGAAUACUCCAAAGACUUCCUCUUCUACAUGACCACGAGACUCAGGAACCCUCACUACCUCCCCGAAGUGGCCGUCAAAGUGUGCCUCAUCAACUUCAUGAUCACCCCUCAAGGUUUGCAAGACCAGCUCCUAGGACUGGUGGCUGCCAAGGAGAAACCAGAAUUGGAGGAGAAGAAGAACCAGCUCAUCCUGGAAAGCGCCGCCAACAAUAAACAACUGAAAGAGAUCGAGGACAAGAUCUUACAAGUGCUCUCCUCUUCUGAAGGCAACAUUUUAGAAGACGAAACUGCCAUCAAAAUUUUAUCGUCGUCCAAAUUAUUGUCUGAGAAGAUUUCAGAGAAGCAGAAGAUCGCCAGCGUGACUGAGACGGAAAUUGAUCGUACUCGCAUGGGCUACAGACCUGUGGCUGUACACUCCUCUAUUCUGUUCUUCUGCAUAUCCGAGCUCGCCAACAUCGAACCUAUGUACCAGUAUUCGCUCACGUGGUUCAUUAAUCUCUACCUGGUUUCCAUCGCUCAAAGCUUAAAAAGUGAGGACGUUAUGGAGAGAAUCAGGAACAUCGUGGAUCACUUCACUCUGAGCAUCUACAAUAACGUCUGCCGAUCACUGUUCGAGAAGGAUAAGCUGCUUUUCUCCCUGCUCCUUACCGUUGGCAUCCUACAGGGCAAAGGUAAAGUGGACGACGGAGUAUGGCGCUUUCUGUUGACCGGCGGCAUCGCUUUGGACAACCCCCACCCGAACCCCGCGCCCGAAUGGCUCUCGGACAAAUCCUGGUCAGAAAUCGUGCGAGCAUCCAAACUCCCGAACCUGAAAGGCCUCCACGAACACGUCCAGAAGAAUGUUUUAAGGUGGAAGAAGCUGUAUGACUCAGGGAGGCCUCACAAGGAGCAGCUGUCGGAGCCGUGGGACAGCCUGACGCCGAUGGACAGGAUGGUGGUGAUCAGGUGUUUCCGACCGGACAAACUGGUCCCAGCCGUGCAGGACUUUAUCGUGAACAACAUGGGGCAGGCCUACAUUGAACCGCCCACCUUUGACCUGGCAGGGAGCUAUAAGGACUCCCACUGCUGCUCCCCGCUCAUCUUCGUGCUGUCGCCAGGGUCGGACCCCACGGCAGGUCUGCUGAAGUUCGCGGAGAUGGGGGGCAGUAAGACCCAGACCAUCUCUCUGGGGCAGGGGCAGGGGCCCAUAGCUGCUCAGAUGAUCGACAGAGCCACCAGGGAGGGCACCUGGGUCGUCCUGCAGAACUGCCACUUGGCCACCAGCUGGAUGCCCACCCUGGAGAGGAUCUGCGAGGAGACCAUCACCCCGGACAACACACACCCCGACUUCAGGUUGUGGUUGACCAGUUACCCCUCAGACAAGUUCCCCGUGAGCAUUCUUCAGAAUGGGCUGAAAAUGACCAAUGAGCCUCCCAAAGGCAUCCGGGCCAACCUGCUGCGCUCCUACCUCAGUGACCCCAUCUCAGACCCGGCCUUCUUCUGCAGCUCCCAGAAGCAGCACAUCUGGCAGAAGCUCCUGUUCGGCCUCACCUUCUUCCACGCUUUGGUGCAGGAGAGGAGAGCCUUUGGCCCGCUGGGUUGGAAUAUUCCGUAUGAGUUCAAUGAGUCAGACCUGAGGAUCAGCAUCAGGCAGAUCCAGAUGUUCCUGGAUGAGUACGAGGAGGUUCCUCUGGAGGCUCUCACAUACCUCACAGGUGAGUGUAACUAUGGAGGCAGAGUGACAGACGAUAAAGACCGGCGCCUCCUGCUCUCGCUGAUCUCCAUCUUCUACAACAGUGAUCUGAUCCGGCAGGAGGGAUACAGUCUGUGUGAGGGGGGGCUGUACUACAUACCUGCUCACGGGCCCUACGAGACGUAUGUGGACUACAUCCGCAGUCUGCCCAUCAGCGCCGAGCCCGGGGUGUUUGGGCUCCACAGUAACGCCGACAUCACCAAAGACAACCAGGAAACCAACCAGCUGCUGGAGGGAGUGCUCCUCACUCUGCCACGCCAGUCAGGAGGGGGCGCCAAAUCCCCACAGGAGGUGGUGGACGAGCUGGCAGAGGACAUUUUGUCUAAGCUGCCCUCAGACUUUGACCUUCAGACGGUGAUGGAGAAGUUCCCCGUGGUGUACGAGGAGUCCAUGAACACUGUACUGAGACAGGAGGUCAUCCGCUUCAACAGGCUCACCAGUGUGGUCCGAGCCAGUCUGCUCAACAUGCGGAAGGCUCUGAAGGGGCAGAUGGUCAUGUCCUCCGAGCUGGAGAGCGUCUUUAACAGCAUGCUGGUGGGAAAGGUGCCCUCCAUGUGGGCUGCCAAGUCCUACCCCUCCCUCAAACCCAUGGGCUCCUACAUCACCGACCUGCUGGCCCGCCUGCACUUCCUCCAGGAGUGGAUCGAUGGAGGUGCCCCCACAGUCUUCUGGCUCUCUGGGUUUUACUUCCCUCAGUCCUUUCUCACCGGAGUGUCCCAGAACUUCGCCCGAAAGUACACCAUCCCCAUCGACUACAUCGGCUUUGAGUUUGAGGUGACCAAAGAGGAGAGCCACGUGAGCCAGAAGCCCGAGGACGGGGCGUACGUGCGCGGCCUGUUCAUGGAGGGGGCGCGCUGGGACAGGGAGCGGAUGGCGAUCGGGGAGUCUUUACCCAAAAUCCUCUUCGACGCUCUGCCCGUCAUCAAGCUGAAGCCUGGGGAGAUGUCCAACUUUGAACACCAGAACAUGUACGUGUGCCCAGUGUACAAGACCAGCGCCCGCAGAGGAACCCUGUCCACCACCGGGCACUCCACCAACUACGUCCUGUCCAUCGAGCUGCCCUCCGAGCACCCACAGAAACACUGGAUCAACCGCGGGGUGGCGUGUCUGUGCCAGCUCGACCACUAGAAACACGUGUACGAUUAAAGACGGUCCAAAGAGACGAGAGCACGUCUGCGUUUGUACAUGAAAAGACUGAGCGGAGGAAGCAGGGCUGUCAAAAGUGUCUAAAAUGAGAUGCUAAUCCAUACUUAAGAGUUUCUAGUUUUGAUACUAGUUUGAGCAGGUAUCGAUACUAAAAAGUCAGAUUCACAAACCUUUAGAAUGCUUUUACAAAUCUUCAGAACGAUCUGGAGCUGUAUCAGAAGAGCAUAUAGACUAAUAUACGCCCAUGGACCUGGUUUAGACCUGGUUUAGAACUGGUUUAGACCUGGACCACGAUGGAACGUACCUGGACCACUGAAGGAUUACACAGAUAUAAGGACA